AUGUUUCUGCGGAGAGGACCUCGCAAUGAUGUAUCAAGAAGCAGGAUAGGGCAAUUUCUUCACUCAGUGCUUCUCUGUUGGGACUCUCAGGGUCUCAGUUAUAUUUUCAGGGAUGACAGUGACUGUUGCUUCUCCAGUGAGAGCCUGAGGAUAGUGACUUUUCUCACCAUGAGUAUCACCCCCGAGGUCAAGAGUCGGGGGAUGAAGUUUGCUGAGGAGCAGUUGCUUAAGCAUGGAUGGACUCAAGGCAAAGGCUUGGGCCGGAAGGAGAAUGGUAUCACCCAGGCCCUCAGGGUGACGCUGAAGCAGGACACUCAUGGGGUGGGACAUGACCCCGCCAAGGAGUUCACAAAUCACUGGUGGAAUGAUCUGUUCAACAAGACUGCAGCCAACUUGGUGGUGGAAACUAGGCAGGAUGGAGUACAGAUAAGACGCCUGUCUAAGGAGACCACCCGUCAGGAUCAUGCCAAGCCCAACUUGCUGUAUCAGAAGUUUGUGAAGACUGCCACACUGACUUCAAGUGGGGAGAAGCCAGACAAGGACUGGGAAAGCUGCAGUGAUGACGACAGCCAGGAGCCCAAGCCUCCAAAUGUUCUGACCGAUGAGAUGCUGCUCCAGGCCUGUGAGGGACGAACAGCACACAAGGCUGCCCGUCUUGGGAUCACAAUGAAAGCUAAGCUUGCUCGCUUAGAGGCCCAGGAGCAGGCCUUCCUGGCUCGGCUCAAAGGCCAGGACCCUGGGGUCCCUCAAGUGCAGUCUGAGAGCAAGCCCCCCAAAAAAAAGAAAAAGAAAAGGAAGCAGGAAGAGGAGGAAGAGGCUACAGCAACUGAAAGGAGUGCAAAAGAGUACUCAGAACACACUGACGAGAGCAUCAGAAAAAGCAAGAAAAAGAAAAGACGGCAUCAAGAAGAAAGAGUCACAGAUAAGGAGAGCAUAGCUCUAGAAAAUGAGGACGAGACCACAAGAACAGGUGGGCUUGGGGAAUUGAAAAACAGAGAGCACAUUGACCAGCCCCUCAGGAAAAAGAGGAGGAGGCAGCACCGUGAAGAGAAGGUGGAGAUGGAGGUCUUAGGUAACGAGGGAGGUCAGGUCAGUGGAGUCAGGACAGAGGAAGCAGAGAGAAGAGUGCACACGGACCCAUGUGGCAGAACCAAGAACAGGCAGCAGCAUGAGGAAGACGACCUGAACACAGAGGAUGAAGGAGCUGAAGAGGCUCUUGUAGAUAGUGGGGCCAGAGAAGCAGAAAGCAGAUCGUGCAGUGAUCAGAAAAGGAGGAGAAGCAAGAAGAAAAGACAGCAGCAUCAGGAGGAAGUAUUGGAUGGCCCUGGAGUCAGCACUGGCCAGAAAGCAAAAAAGAAGAAACAGAAGAAGAGAGACUGA